AUGCCGGGCUUCCGCAAGUUUAUUCUCGCCGCCAUCUGCUUUGUAACCUUCGUCUUCGUGAUUCGCUCAAGUCGCCCCGAACAUGUCCCCGGCUCGCCUGGAUACAGACCUGUGAAAGAGAUCUUUGAUGAGGAGGCGGACUCGCUCAGAGCGCGACAAUCUAGAACGAGAGGGCAGAAGUCGUUUGGCUCGUCGACUGCGCCGCUACGCGAUCGUCUGAGGUAUCAAUUCCCUUACGAUCUCGAGAGGAGCUUCCCCGCGUAUAUUUGGCAGACGUGGAAAUAUACCCCGGCGUCCACUUGGUUUGAGGAGAGACUGCGUGCAUCAGAGGCAAGCUGGACGGAGAUGCACCCGGGCUUCACGCACGAGGUCAUUCCUGAUGACACACAAAGACAUCUGAUCUGGUAUCUGUACGGCUCGGUGCCGGAUGUCUUCGAGGCUUACGAUGCCUUGCCACUCCCAGUAAUGAAGGCGGAUUUCUUCCGCUACCUUGUUCUCCUUGCGCGCGGUGGAAUUUACAGCGACAUCGACACCUUUGCUUUGAAACCAGCUCACUACUGGCUCCCCGAAGAACUCGACCGAUCGACUAUUGGAUUCGUCGUCGGAAUCGAAGCCGAUCCCGAUCGUCCGGACUGGCAUGAAUGGUACUCGCGCCGUCUGCAGUUCUGUCAGUGGACAAUUGUCUCGAAACCGGGACACCCGAUCUUGCGUGACAUGGUCGCAUAUGUUACUGAGGAAGCCCUUCGUAUGAAGAGGCUUGGUAUUUUGAAGAGUGGAAAGAUGGACAAGACCAUUAUGGAGUUCACAGGGCCUGGAGCCUGGACUGACGCGGUCUUCCGUUACUUCAACAACCCAGAAUACUUCGAUAUCAGAUCUGGUGAUAAGAACGUCACCUAUGAAGAUUUCAGUGGCCAAAAGGUCCACCGAAAGGUCGGUGAUACGGUUAUCCUACCUAUCACCAGUUUCAGUCCUGGAGUUGGGCAAAUGGGUGCUGGAUCCACCGACGAUGACAUGGCCUUUGUGAAGCACAACUUCGGCGGUAUGUUCUUCGUGUCUAUUGACUGUUGA